CGGAAGUGAACAGUGACCAAUAACUAUUUCCACGUUAGCGUUUUUAUUGUUAAUAUUUAGAUGUGUAUUACCACCCUGGAACGCAAUAUGACUUAACUGCACAGUAUCACAUACUUAACCCAUGUAGUUUUUUAUUCGCGUUGGAGACAGGACUUGGUUGAUAUGUUAUCUAGGUAACGCUAGCUAGCUAGCUGCUAACAAUGGCCGGUAACUCUAACGGUAUGGUAUUUCACACUCAAAUAGCCUCCAUCAUGGAGGUGCUAGCGAAUGCAGCCGUGGCCGAGAUCUGUAAACUCGUAGACGACGACUAUGCAGUGUUUCGUUUGGAAAUAAGUCAAAGCCAGAAAGAAAACAGGGCAUUGCGGAAGAAAGUACUGGAACUGAAGGUGGCACGGGAACGCGCAGAGAGGACAACACGAGAGCGCGUCCUCGCCAGUCGUGUCAAGAUCGUCGACCGAUACAGAGGAAUGGCAAGAGGUGAAGGACCUCUCACUGCAGGCCACAGGAGCUUUGUGAAGCCAGCUGGACACAAUUCAUGGAGAGUUGACCAACUAAUCACUAUUGAUGAGGGGAGCGGAACCUCAACCCAGCAAGUUAUUGUGAUAGAGUCUGCAGAUGGAGAGGCUGCUGGUCAUGAGGUCAAGCAGGAGAGGUCUGAAGGAGAGGAGGACCCAUGGCACAGCAGAGACAUCCAGACUGGAGUAGCUGGAGCACCCCCUGUAGCCACAGAAGACCCCACCACCGCUCCAGCGCAGCCCAGGACCAGAUGCAGCAUCACGGAGAUCAGUGGAACGCAGAAUGCCGUCCUCAAGUCAGAGACAGACACCAAGACAUUAACUGUACACACAGGAUCUGACCACAGGUCAGACCCAGAGAGACUGGGGCUGAGGAGACUGGGCUGUCCUCCUGCUCCUGGCUCAGAGUAUUUACCGGUAUUUCAACAAAUCCAGAAGAUGGUUCAUUCCCGUGGAGAUGGUAAUGCGUUAGACACUGAAGUUGAUGAUCCGUCUUGUUCUUACGCUACAGAGAUGGACCCUGGCAACAUAUCCUUGGGUUUAGAGACACAGACUGAUCUGUCUAGAGGGGACUGGAACCAGUACAGUAGUAGUGUAUACACUGAAAGUUGCCUAGAUAAGAAAGGGGAGGUUAUAGUUGUAGAUGAGGUGACUGUGAAAGUGGAGAGGGAUGUUCCUCCCACAUGGAAUGCAGAUAGUCACCAAGGAGACAGACACUCACAGGGCAGAGACUUCUUAGAUUACAGGGAAAGCUUAGAGACAAAUCCAAAUGUCACGACUCACUCCCCUUUACACGCGCUCAGGGAUUGCGACCUAGUGUCCACAUCGAUGGGGCAUUCCGAUUCACACCUUUUCGAUCAGGUAUUGAACUCAAACGACUGGGCUAGAGCCCAGGCUCAGGAAGGGGGAGCAACGUCAGGCAAUAGUAAAGAGAAACGGUUCCUCUGCAUGUUCUGUAACAAAGGCUUCAGCUGCCUCCAGAAGGUGGAGAUCCACCAGAGGGUCCACACAGGGGAGAAACCUUACAGCUGUAACCAGUGUGAGAAGAGGUUCUCCCGCCAGGACCACCUGAAAAGGCACCAGAUGGUCCACACAGGGGAGAAACCCUACAGCUGUACCCAGUGUCACAUGCGCUUCGCCCAGGCUGGUCACCUGAAGAUGCACUUGAAGGUCCACACGGGAGAAAGGCAUUUUGCUUGUACGCACUGCGGGAAGAGGUUCUCAGAGAGGAGCUACCUCAGGAUACACCAGCAGAAAAAACAUUCCACUCUAUAAAAUAGAAAGUAACAUUCCACUUGAUAGCUUCUGGCGUUUUGAUCAAACCCUGCAUUUAAGACAAAGAUACAUUUUCAUCAGAAAUUUGGGAUAAUGAGAGUAACACAUUUCAGUGUUGAAUAUUCCUGGGUAGGAUAUUGCAUCCAGACGUGUGAGAUAUAUAAAAGUCUGUUUCAUAUUGUUUGUGCUGUGUAGGCUAUAUGGUGGUCACAAAUUUUCCCAAGACACUUAAUGAAAAAAUGUAUUCCGUUCAUCAAGUUCAUACUGACUUUUAGUUGAGACACGUGUAUGUGUGUUUUUCAUAUGGUGUAUUCAGCUCUUGUUUGUUUAAUAAACACAAAAUGGGACUUUUCAUUC